GUGCACAAGGGAGCAGCCAGGACACAUGGAAAUUCAUCCUUGUGGGUAAGGCAGGAGCUGGGAAAAGUGCAACUGGAAACACCCUCCUUGGCAAGAAGGAGUUUGCGUCCAGGCUGGGAGCAAGGCCAGUGACUCAGGCAUGUAGGGCUGGGAGCAUGCGCUGGAGCGGGAGGGAGGUUUUGGUGAUCGAUACACCUGACUUUUUCUGCCCAGCGGCCCGUGACAUGGAAGCCUGUCGAGAGCUCAAUCGCUGUAUCGUGCUCUCCACCCCAGGCCCCCACGCGCUGGUGCUGGUGACCCAGCUGGGCCGUUACACUGCAGAGGACAAGGAAGCCGUGAAGCGAGUCCGGGAGAUCUUUGGAGAUGGAGCCAUGAGGCACAUGGUCGUCCUGUUCACCCGGAAAGAAGAUUUAGCAGUCGACUCCCUGCACGACUAUGUGAGACUCUCAGAUAACAAAGAUCUUAAGGGGCUGAUUGCAGCCUGCGGGGACCGCUACUGCGCUUUCAACAACAGAGCCACGGAGGUGGAGCGGGGCCAGCAGGUUAAAGAGCUGAUGGGAAUAGCUGAGAAUAUGGUUCAGGAGAAUGGAGGCCGCUGUUAUACCAAUGAGCUGUACGCCGAGAUGGAAGAUGGGACUGAGGAAAAGCGCCGAAAAGUUGAAGAGAAACUGAAAGAGCUGAUGGCAAAGCUAAAGGGAAGCAAGAAAAAGGAGAUGCUUAAUAAAGUCCAGAAGAUGAUUCGUGACCACAGGCAAUAAGAGCAGUGACCCAGUCACUGGAGGAAUGCCUGUACCAUUGGGAUGGCAUCCAGGACAAUGGAUAAAAGUUUUACACCACUAGAAACAAAUGCUGCCAUCACCAGCCAGCAGCCGGGGCAGAGGCCAGAACUGGCCCAACCUGCUACAGUACCAGAACCUAUUGAAUUCCUCGUGGACUCUACCACUUACUGUAGUCCCUAGGCAGGAGCCACCCACCCCACUGCCUGUAAUGCCCGGCAGUAUCACUGUGCCCCCACAUAGCUUCCACCCUCCUUCCCUACCUUGCUCCCUCCCCAGUUUGAUCCUGCACAGGUUCCCCAAAAAGCUGGUGUGUUGAGUACAGCUGUAAUUCAGAAACACCGAACUACAGGCCCAUGAGUACCCAGGCCUGCUCUUGUGUGUGGUUCUUUGCAUUUCGUUAGCACAUCAGGGCACCAAUCAGAUGUCAUGGUUCUGCUGUGAGGGCUGCUUUGCAAACAUGGGUAACAGGACAUCUCUGCCCAGAACCA